AUGACCGAUGUUGCGGAAAUCAAAGGCCACAGGCGCACGUAUGUCGGAUCGAUGCCGGGGAAGGUGAUUCAAUCAUUGAAGAAAGUUCGUUGUGAGAACCCGUUGAUCCUGAUUGACGAGGUGGAUAAAAUUGGUCGCGCAAGUUUACAUGGAGAUCCUGCAUCAGCCCUACUGGAGAUGCUGGACCCGGAACAAAACCAUAAUUUCCUUGAUUACUAUCUAGACGUCACAGUCGAUUUGUCAAAGGUUUUAUUCAUUUGUACUGCAAAUAUCAUCGAUACCAUCCCGGAACCUCUUCGCGAUAGGAUGGAGAUGAUCGAAGUGUCCGGUUAUGUCGCUGAGGAAAAGUUGAACAUAGCUGAAAAAUACUUGAUUCCUCAAACCAAAGACGAAUGCGGCAUCGACGAUAAGCAAGUGUGUAUUAAUUCCGACGCAUUGCGAACGCUGAUUAAGCAAUACUGUCGUGAGAGCGGUGUUCGGAACUUGAAGAAGCAUAUCGAGAAGAUUUAUCGGAAAGCCGCACUGAAAAUUGCUGCCAACGAAAUCGACCACAUUGUCGUAUCCAACGACAACCUGAAUGAAUUGGUCGGAAAGCCUAUUUUCACACAUGACCGUUUGUACGACGAAACCCCUUCAGGCGUAGUGAUGGGUUUAGCAUGGACAGCUAUGGGUGGUUCGACCCUUUUCGUUGAGGCAUCAUUGCGUAAACGUUUGGAUGCGAACACUGAGUCAAAAAAGGAAGGAAGUUUGGAGCUGACGGGUCAUCUGGGUGACGUUAUGAAAGAAAGUGCAAAAAUCGCUCUCACCUUUGCAAAGCGGUUUAUAGCAGAAAAUUUUCCUGAGCUCACGUUUCUGGAAAAUGCGGACCUUCAUAUUCAUGUUCCCGAGGGUGCCACUCCAAAGGACGGGCCUAGUGCUGGUUGUACCAUAGUAACUGCUUUGCUUUCACUCGCUUUUGGUAAGCCUGUUGAACAGAACCUUACGAUGACCGGUGAAAUCAGCCUUACGGGACGAAUCCUUCCCGUCGGAGGAAUCAAAGAGAAAGUUAUUGCGGUGCGUUGUUUCGAUUUACAGUUUAUAUGGGUUUACAGAUUAGUAAUCCAGUCUGGUAACUGUCAUACUUUGUUCAAAGUUAGGCGAUAACU